GUCUAAUCGGAUCCAUCCACAGCCGGUACGGAUUUUCAUGUGGCUCCGGAACUCCAGCGAGUCUUGCCUGGGGCAGCCACUCACGCCGAGAUUCUGGUGAGGAUCGGGCGGACGGACAGGGAGGGACACGUAGCUGCCCCUCCACCCCAAAUAGCAGACAUGGGUUUUGGAAUUCUGGGAAAUCCCUGCUCUUAGUUCACGAUGGCGGGAGACGUCUCUGUGAAUACCAAUUACAGGCUGGGGGGGGCGCAAGUGAGCUUGGAUGCGAGUUGGGGUCGUGGAGGUUCCCCCGCCAGAGAAGGCAGCCGGGGUCACGACUUAAAACAGCCAGCACUUGAGGUAACAUCUGGAAGGUAUCAGCGAACAUGGGAAUCAGAUCCUGGGAAAAGGGCCGAUACGUUAUUAUGGUCUGCUCUUGUUGUUUUAACCAGGAUGGACGCUACGGCAUCAAGGGCCCUGGCAAAUCCCGAAGCAAACCGGUGUCCUGAUGACUCCGGCCCACCGGAAUCCCAGGUGGAACGUCGCACUGGGACAGACAUUGCAGUUGACGCUGUGUCGGGACAGCCGUACAAUGGCCCAACCCUGAGGGCGAGGGGGUCUCACUCAGACCUCCGUGACUGCGGGGGCAGCAGAGCACGAGCUGCGGAAACAAACCGGCCCUCUGUUCCCACUGCUUGGACGCAACAAGAACCAAAAUUCCGCUGGAAAAAAGGUGCAGUGCGACAGGUGCGCUAUGCCCACACGGCGACAGCAGCGGGCAGCAUGCGAUUACACGGACCCUGCUGGCGAGGUAGCAGCUUCUGGGACCGUCUUGUGACAUCCUUGCGAAAGCAUGUUUUUCUGGCAGAAUUUCCGGAAUCGGGAAACGUGUAA